UGAAGAAGAUUUUCAGGUUACUAAUAUGAGUACUUCACUGUAUCCAUUACAAGGAGACGGUAGAAACCCUGCUAUUGAAGUUAUAGGGAUUAGAAAUAAUCCCUCUGAUCAAUUUGCUAAUGAAGGUGAAGAGGGUAAUCAGAUUUCUGAAGAUCAAGAGGACAAAUUAAUUAUUAUCUUGAAAGUAGUUGAAGGACAACAGCUAAACAAUGUUUACCUCAUUGGACAACAAGGUGCAAGACUUGGGAGACAUAGCGCUUCAAAUGAUAUUGUGAUUUCUGAAUCAUUCGUUUCAAGAAAACAUUGUGAAAUUUCCCACCAAGAUGGGAGCUUCUACCUUAAAGACUUAGGAAGCACCACAGGUUCUUUUCUUAUGAUUAGAGACAAAAUAACUCUUGGGGAGGGGAUGAUGUUUCAAAUGGGACUAAGUGAAUUCAAAGUCACAAUGCUAAGCAAGAACAUGGAACUUAAUAUUUUUGAAGGUCCUUCAAGAAACCAGAGAAUUCUUGUCACUUCAACUGGACUUCAAAUUGGAAGAGACCCAGCAAAUACUUUUUGAGUUGCAGAAGAUACUCAGAUGAGUAAUUUCCAUGCAAAAGUUCAAUUUGAUCCUUCAACAGGAACUUAUGUUUUAGAAGAUGUAGGGUCAACUAAUAGGACUUGGCUUAGGUUAAGCAAUGAGGGAGAACGCAGUACAAAUCAUGAGCUAAGUCUAAGCGAUAUUAUUAAAAUUGGUUCAACAGUUUUUCUCGUUCAGCAAAUAAGAAAAGUAUCAGAUUCAGGAAAUAUGCCAAUUAUAAAUAGCAAUCACCGAUCUAUGAACCUAGAAAUAUCAGAUUGAGACUAUCAGAGCAAUAAAGAGCUGAUCGAUUCUUUACAAGAACAAGAAGCUCAACUAAGUCCCUCCAAGAAUAAAUCAAAUCUUUGCAGCAUAUGAUAUACCAGAACUGGAAACAUCGCUCUAAUCACAUGCGGGCAUUCAAAUUUCUGCUUUUACUGCUCUGAGAAAUUUUCUGACUGUCCAGUAUGUAGAGCUCCAAUCAUAGCUAAAAUAAAGAUCUUCAAGUAAAUUCAACUCUA